CGAUACUCGGCGAGUAGCAUGAACAUCGGACAGCCAAGCAUUCAGGGUUUCCAAAAUGUUAGACGUGAGUCUGCAAGCAAACUACCCCUGGUUGCACCACAGGUAACAAGUGAGAUGCAUGCUCCUUCCACUGGCUGUUUCGUGCCUAUGGAUUCCUUUGCAGAACUAAUGUCACUACUAAGUGAUGACAACAAUGAUUAUCAACAAGACCAGCCAAGGAAAAAGUCCAAGACAUCUGUACCAACUUCUGAAGAAGAGGACUCCUUGGCAUACCUUUUUCAACUGGAUCAGCCAGUUUCCUUAGAUGAGAUUCUUGGACAAGGGCAAUCACUGUUUUCUAAGACACAAGUGGGAGGAGAAUCAUCACAGGUUCUGAGGGACAUUGUACCACAAAGUGUAACAAGAGGCUCAGCCUCAACUAUUCAACUGACCUCAAAUUCAUCUGAGAGAAUGAACAUUUCGAUUUCACCAGGGAUAGUUGCAUGCACUUCCUCAGGGUCCUCAAAUGGACUAGCUCAUGAACUAGGAGGCAACAUGGGCGUAGUAAACCCUAUGUUCAGUUCAGAAUUAAACUGUUUAAAUUCUAGUUUGUCAUUGCCUCAAAAUAACCCAAAAUUUUGGCCUGCGGGAUCAAAUGCACUGUUUCCUCCUCAAACUGCUGCUUCAUUUGGUGAUUCCACCUUUCUUAAUACAAUAGAGAACUCAAACAUUCAGUUUGAAUCAUCAAGCUUCCCAAUGCUUCAAUAUGGUUCUGCUAGCGCUGAAAGUUCCAGUUCUGAUUUUGGAAAUUCACUAACUCAAUUUCAAUAUCCGAACAGCUCCGUAAAUCCUUAUGAUUGUGCUAGUGUUGGUCCUAUUGGGAGUUCAAUUGUUGGUGAUCGUGCUGGUGGCAGUACUCUUGAUGGAAACUCGUUCUCUCAAUUUCAACCACCAAGUUUCCCUGUGCAUCGUUAUGGUAGUCUUACUGCUGGUGUUGCUUGUGCCAGUGCAAGUACUGAUGCUAUUGUUGUUACUUCUGCUUCUGCUGCAAAUGGUAGUGCUAAUCUUUAUGGUAGUCGUCAACAAUUUACAAAACGCAAUCAGUUCGAAAUGAGAGGAAUCGAUCCACUAGGUGUACCUUCUGCAAUGGUACCAAACCCUUCGGCUUCUCCUGUGCCAAUCAUGCCUCAGUGUAAUCAGACACAGCUUUUGCCUCGCCAACCAUUUCUACCCGAUUUUCAAGACUUCAUGCCAGCAUGGGAGGGAUAUCUGGUUGGAAGUAUUCACCCAUAUUGCGCAUUCUUUAAUCAAGCAAAGGCCUGGAGGAAGAAAACAUCACCUGUCACGAUUACAUAUCAGUGGUCGACUACGCUGGAGAUCGCCCUCUACUUACCCAAAAAGGCUGUCAUGCAUACAAUGAGGACUUAUGGUGGAAUCCUUGAUGAUGUGUUAUUUGAAGUAACUCAAUUCGACAACCUUGAUCUGUACCACCAUCUCACAAGUAACAAUUUGUGUGCAAAAAUUGCUCUCCCUUCUCAUACUUUAACAUUGUCUACAACUGAAAACAAGCACUGCUACACGGGGUCGAUUUUCCCAGGGGAUGCAGUGUUUGUUGAACCACUCUGAAGUAUGCUUUUGGCUCUCAAGAAGUAGCAACUUUGCGUAACCAAUUUCUGUGACUCUGGGUGGCUUGUUUGUGACUCUAAUUAUGACUGUGAUUUAUAAGGUUUUGUUUCAGACAUUUUCUAACUUAGGUACUAUGAAUUACUUUUU